AUCGCACUUAAGAUAAAUCAUGGGAAGAAGAUUAAUCAAGCAUAAUAAUAUAGCAACCGUAUGCAGACCCGGGUUUAUCAUCAGUAUCGCAGUGUGAAUAAUAAAGAAUCGAUUCCUAGAGUAUCGAUGGUAAACAGAAGAAGCCUAAUGGCUAGAAUUCACACCAGAAAACUAUCUCUCAGAAUCAUCACUUUCUACACCAUUUUCAUAUUCGCUUUCUUCAUCUCCAUCUUCUUCAUCUACGUAAGAACCUUCAUAGUUGACGAAGAUCAAUCGCAUGAUCCAUUUUCUCAUCAAUCUCGAUCUCACAAGGUGCCAGAUUCACCUAAGAACGUUUACGACGAACAGCUCUGGGAUUCUCCUCAUAGUAUAGGCUUUCACCCCUGCGUCAAGCCAACUGCUAAGUACAAAGGUGUCCAACAAUUUGAUCGCUAUAUGUCUGUUAGAAGUAAUGGUGGACUAAAUCAAAUGCGAACUGGUAUAGCAGACAUGGUGGCUGUGGCACAUAUAAUGAAUGCAACUUUGGUCAUCCCUCAAUUGGAUAAACGUUCAUUCUGGCAAGACUCGAGUGUAUUCUCAGACAUAUUCGAUGAGCUUCAUUUCAUUGAAUCCCUGAAAGGAGAUAUCAGGAUUGUUCAGGAACUUCCUAAGAGUUUGGAAGCAGCCCCCCGGGCUAGGAAACACUUCACUUCCUGGGCUGGAGUUGGUUACUAUGAAGAGAUGACAAAGUUAUGGAAUGAGUACCAGGUGCUGAGGACCAUAUUAGAUUUUUCCGCUGACAUUUGUGUUACUACUACGACCCCACUUAGUGGGAUAAGACUUGGUUGUUGUUGUUGUUAUAUUGCUACUACGUGCUUCUUUCUAGGCAUGUGCAAACUUAAUAUCCAUUCUCAAUGGAAGGGCUUCGUGAUACAUGUUGCAAAAUCAGAUUCUCGACUUGCAAACAAUGAUCUUCCUCUAGACAUUCAGAGGUUGAGAUGUCGUGCGAUGUAUCAUGCACUUCGAUUUUCUCCUCCUAUUGAGAAUCUAGGAAAGAGGUUGGUGGAUCGGCUGAGAUCACGAGGGGAAAGAUAUAUUGCUCUCCAUCUGAGAUAUGAGAAAGAUAUGUUGUCUUUUACUGGUUGUGCUUACGGUCUGACAGAUGCAGAAUCUGAAGAGCUGAGAAUUUUAAGGGAGACUACAAAUUAUUGGAAAGUAAAAAAGAUAAACUCAACAGAGCAGAGAAUUGGAGGAUUUUGUCCACUGACUCCAAAGGAGGUUGGCAUUUUCCUUCAAGCUCUUGGGUUUCCUCCAUCAACACCAAUAUACAUUGCUGCAGGGGAGAUCUAUGGUGGCAAUACUCAUCUAUCAGAGCUCUCUUCCCGCUUCCCUAAUCUAAUCUUUAAGGAAUCCCUUGCAACUCCUGAAGAGCUGAAAGCUUUCAACAAUCAUGCAUCUCAAAAUGCUGCAAUUGAUUACAUAAUCUCUGUAGAGAGUGAUGUAUUUGUUCCAUCGUAUUCAGGAAAUAUGGCACGAGCUGUUGAGGGGCACCGCAGGUUCUUAGGUCACCGCAAGACAAUUGACCCAGACAGGAAAGGACUAGUUGAAAUUUUUGAUAAGCUGGAAACUGGAAGGCUAGUAGAAGGAACGGCACUAUCACAUAUGGUGCAGCGGAUGCACAAAAACAGGCAAGGAGCUCCAAGGAAAAGACAAGGUCCAUUGCCCGGAGUUAAGGGCCGGGCACGUUUCAGGACUGAAGAGUCCUUUUAUGAAAAUCCAUACCCAGAGUGUAUAUGUGGUUCGAGAAGCAAACUGGAAAGAACGUAAAGAGAAACCAAACUGCAGUUCCAGUUCCAAUCUAAAACCUUUGGAGUGUCUUGUUUACCUGUCAAGUUGUUUUAGAUAGACUGUAAUUGUAACUAGUCAUUUCCGACACAGAUGGUUUCCUCAUGCCUGUUUGUGCCUUGAAGCUAUGUGGUUGCAGGGUUUUUGGAAAUCCAUACAAACAAAUCCAGUGUUGACAGCCUAACUCCUUAGCUGUAUUCGAACAAUUCACUUCAAGUAGUAUUGAGCCAUUGACCUUUAUACAUUAGUUCAUAGAGAAUAGGCCCCUCCCCGUCCUUACAGAAAAGAACUAGUCUCCAGGUGAAGCCAUUGGGAAAGGCUAGCUGUUAGUUACAUGUUGUAAAGUUUAAUAACUUCACAUGUUUGGUUGUGUUUGACAAGCUAAUCUCGCAUGUCAACUAUAGUUGAUAUUUUUAAUGGUCAAUUUUACCGUUGUCUGCUUGGUA